AUGAGCUACUUCGGCAACUACUAUGGCGGCCUGGGCUACGGCUAUGGCGGCUUCGGGGGCCUCGGAGGCCUGGGCUGUGGCUACGGCUGUGGCGGCUUCCGCAGAUGGGGCUGUGGCUGUGGAGGUUACGGCUCUGGCUUUGGGGGUUACGGAUACGGCUCUGGCUUUGGGGGCUACGGAUAUGGCUCUGGCUUUGGGGGCUAUGGGUGUGGCUGCUGCCGCCCCUCCUGCUGUGGAGGGUCUGGCUUCUCCCGCUUCUACUGA